AUGCUUUUUAUGAGGAUUUGGAGGAAGUCAUCCGCAAAGAAAACUCCUUCCAUAAGUUCGUCGGACCUCAAUGAGAAAAUUGGGACGCCAGGGGAAGGGGAGCACAGGAUCAGGACAUUGAUCAGGACUCGAAUGAGAAUGGUAACCGUCUUUUGGGCUCUUAUCCGCCGCACCACUUUUUCAUGGCAACUCUAUCUUCAUGAAGAAAGAACACCGGCGGUGGACAUGGGAGUCACCCAACGGUACAACUCAUGCGAAGAUCGACCACAUUCUCACCAACCGAAGAUGAUGCUUAUUGGACGACUCAAUGGUACCAUCCUUCAGUAG